AUGGAGGAGAUAGAAGGAACCAACAGAGCAGCUGUAGAGAGUUGUCAUAGAGUUCUUAACCUCUUAUGUAGACCACAGCAGCAACAAGAAGACCAUGGUUACGACAGGAGUUUGGUGUCUGAAACUAGAGAAGCUGUGUUUAGGUUCAAGAGAGUGUCGACUCUGCUAAGCAAGAGUGUGGGUCAUGCCAGGUUCAGAAGAGCCAAGAAACUUCAGACCCAUUUGUCUCAAAGCCUCUUCCUUGAUCCUUGUCACCAAAGAACAGAGCUUCCACCACCUCAGAAACCACCGGUUCUCCGGUCUGGUUUCCAUGAUUUGAGCUUGAGGCCCAGUGAUUCCCUCACUCUAGGGACCAGGUCCUUUGUGUCUUCACUUAGCAUAGAUGGGAGCGUCGCUGAAGGAAAAAGCUCCUUCCAUUUGGUAGGAGUUCCGAGUUCAACGGAUCAGAACUCACAACACUCUAAGAGAAAGUGCCUGAUGAAAGGAGACGAACAUGGAAGCAUCAAAUGCGGUAGCUCUAGCCGAUGCCACUGCUCUAAGAAGAGGAAACAUCGGGUUAGGAGAUCGAUCAGAGUGCCAGCUAUAAGUAACAAAGUGGCAGAUAUCCCUCCUGAUGAUUAUUCAUGGAGAAAAUAUGGUCAGAAACCCAUCAAGGGCUCUCCUUAUCCCAGGGGAUAUUACAAAUGCAGUAGCAUGAGAGGUUGUCCAGCGAGGAAACACGUUGAGAGAUGUCUGGAAGAUCCAGCAAUGCUUAUUGUUACUUAUGAAGCAGAGCAUAACCACCCGAAACUGCCAUCUCAAACCGUAACAACUUAA